ACCAGACUGCCUGCUUUCACCACUAGCCUUGAUAACCCAUUCCAGGCACUCUCUGUAUAAAUAACUUCACGUUUGCUUUUAUAUUCCCCUUCCCCCCCCCCCUUAACAUUGGGGCUCUCUGCUCUCCAAAGGAAUUCUCAUUUGAUUUUGAAAAGCAUAAACCUGCAGAAAGAUCACGAAAUGUUAACACUGUUAUUCAUAUCAAAGAAUUAACCCGCUGAAUAUUUAAUACAUCUUCUGUUUUAUUUCCAAAGUGUUUCAGGACCCGUUCCAAAACCACACCACCUUGCACAGAGAAUGUCACUGGCUCUGACUUAGCUCACAUGAAUUCAGAAUCAGUAUCAGGUUUAAUACCACUGACAUAUGUCAUGAAAUCUGUUGUUUUGUGGCAGUUAACAAGUGCAAGACAUAAAAAUUACCAUAAGGUACAAAAAGUAAAUAGAUAAGAGCAAAAGAAGAAUAACGAGGUAGUUAUAAAGUUACAGAGCACCUCAGCACCAAAAUAUCUAGUCCAUGCCAAACUAUUAUUCUGCUUAGACCUGCUGACUUGCAGCUGGACCACAGUCCUCCAUACCCCUCCUAUCCAUAUACAUAUCCAAAGCUUCUCUUAAAUGUUGAAAUCCAUCAUUUCUACUAGAAGCUCAUUUCACUCUCCUUCUGUGUGAAAAAGUUCCCUCAUGUUUCCCUUAAACAUUUCACCUUUCACCCUUAACCCAUGACCUCUAGUUCUAAUUUCACCCCACCUCAGUGAAAAAAGCCUGCUUGUAUCUACCCUUUCUAUACUACUCAUAAUUUUGUACACCUCUAUCAAAUCUCCCCUCAUUCUCCGAUGCUCCAGGGAAUAAAGUCCUAACCUAUGUUUAUGCUUUCAUGCACUAUUCAGAAAUCUGAUGGUGAGGAGGAGAAGAAGCUGUUCCAAAAAUCUUGGGUUUAGAUCUUCUGUUGUACCUCCUUCCUUCUGGUCAUAAUGAGCAGAAGGCAUGUCCUGGCAUGUGAUGGUCAAUAAUAGAUGCCACCUUCUUGAUGUACCACCUUUUGGAGAUGUCUUCGAUGCCAGGGCAAAUGGUAGUGGAGAAUUCCAAUUGAAAUUCCAUCCCUCACGUUUUGGAUCUGCCAAUUAUUACAACUAAACUGUCUUGGACACAUCAUGGUAACAGCCAUGUGACCAAUUAAUCUACUAACAUGAACACCUUUGGAAUGAGGGAGGAUCUGGAGGAAACCCACACAAUCAAUGUGGAGAAUGUAUGAACUCUUUACAGACAGUGACAGAAUUGGACUUGUGUUACUGGUGAUUUUUCACCAUAUGUUAAUGUGAAGAGUGAACAGUAAAUGGUUAAUCUUACUGCGAUCUGGUUUCAUUGACUGUGGUUUAUCCGGACGUUGAAUUCGGCGUUAUUAGUACACCCGAAGGAGAACGUUACAGUGAAAAAGCGGCAUUAUCAGGUGUUUCAAGUGCUGCAAUGUCAGCUCGAUCCAGGAUCAAGUCAAUGGUGCCCAGCGACAAGGGCAGUAGAACGACAUCAAGUAAGUCCACCCAGGCAAGAGCCAAGGCAGAAGCCGCCAAGGUGCGACUGUGUUACGCCAGACAAGAAGCAGUUUUGAAAAUGAAACAGGCCACCAGAGAAGCUGAAAUCCAGAAAGAAAGGGCUGCCAGAAAAGCCGAAAUCCAGAAAGAAAAGGCUGCCAGAGAAGCCGAAAUCCAGAAGGAAUGGGACACCCGAGAAGCCGAAACCCAGUUGGAAAUGGCAAAAAUAUCGACAGAGUUGCAAGUGCUGCAGCGAGAAAGAGAAGAAGAAGCUGCCAUGGCGGAAGCAAAGUACAUAGAAGAAGCUGAAGGGUCGCGUGAUCUGACCGCAGUAAGAUCUACUUUAGAAAGGACCAGACUGGAACGCACAAGCGACUACGUACAAUAUCAAAUAGACAGGCAGGCUCGUCUCCCCUCUCCAUACGUAUUCGAUAAUUUCCCCAGCUACGAGGAACCUCAGAGAGUCACGAUUGCAUCACAUCCAUACGAGGAAGGAAAUUUACCCUCACGGCUCCGUGAUGAAGUCAAGAAUGAAAGAACCGACAACGCUCCUUCACCCCCACAACAGGACGGCGGGGAGGGAGAGGUUCACUCCAGGGCAACAAUUGUCAGCUCGAACUGUACAGAAGUUUGCGGUCAAACUCAGUCAAGCCGUUCUUGUUCCGAGAUCUGCCUCACUGAGGUGUACCCUAAAGAAGCACAACAAGACAUUACCAAGCGUAAAGUAACCGACGAGACGCUAGGUCAGUCAGUUUUCGUUCAAACCGAGGACGGAAACAAACUUGCACAAUCAGCUCAAGAUACCAUUUCUUUAAAACCCAAAGACACCAAGGUCUUCAGAGAUGAAGCAAAUAAUGGGGUUGCCCCAUUGCCUUUCAGAGAACCACGCCAGCGCUCACCAGAUAACAAAGAGCAGGCAGUCAAACGGUUCACGUCCUUACGGAAAACCCAGAAAAGGAAACCUGAGAUGCAGCAACGCACCCGAUUGGCCCACGAGGUACUGUGCACCCUAAUGGCAGAGGUCACAGCCAUUAUAAACGCACAAUCAUUCCUACCUGUGUCUUCUGACCCAGAAAACCCCUUUAUACUUUCGCCAUCAACGCUCCUUACGCAGAAGGCAGGAGCACCUCCUCCACCAGGAGACUUCUCAGACAAGGAUUUGUACACAAAGCAAUGGAGACAAGUCCAGGCUCUGGCAAAUCAGUUCUGGCCUCGCUGGAGACAAAAAUAUCUACCUUUGUUGCAACAGAGACAAAAGUGGACAGAACCCCACAGGAAUCUUCAGGUUGGAGACUUAGUCCUGCUCAGGGACAAGCAAAUCGCUCGCAACAGCUGGCCAAUGGCCAGAAUCACUGCUACAUUCCCUAGCGGGGAUGGACAUGUCAGGAAGAUCGAAUUGAAGACUACCGACCAAGGCGAUGUGAAAAUUUACCAAAGGCCAGUUACAGAAGUUAUUCUACUUCUACCCAAUGACUGAUUAAGAGACUAAGUUUGUACUCUGCUCAUUGUGACCUUACGAAGGUCAAGCGGGGAGUGUGCUGUCUUUACGACAGUUAUUUAGUUUAUAAUAUUUUCGCUUAGUAAUUCAUUCAAUAGUAUUUUCUAGUUAGAAUUAGAAGUGUUUAAAGUAUAUUCAUUGCAUGUAAAAUAUAUCGGCAUGCGAUGACGUCACAUCCGGUUUCGCCGCGUCUUGUGGAAAAAUACCGGUUUGAAAUUAGCGCGAGGGUGGGGGCUCACCACGAGGCUCACCUGAGCAGAAGUUGUUUUGCAGGCAUGAGAAAUCACAGUGAGAGCAACACUGUAAGUUAAUAGAUAAUCGAUAUAUUGAACUAAGAUGUUAAUGCCGAUCCUGUUAGAAGUAACGACGGUAGAUAAUGUUUAUGCUUUCGUUAGUUAAAGAGUCGCGGAUAGUUUGCAUGGAAGUGUAUUUAAAGUAGUCAAUGGAGCAGGUAAACUCUCCCUGUAUACUGCACCUUAGUGUAAUGUAGUUAUAGUCACCUUUGCAAGUAUUUACACUUGAAAUGUGAUAUUAAGGAAGGAACAAAUACUGUAUCAAUCUUGUAUUGUUUUAUCAACAGUUUUCACCAUAUGUUAAUGUGAAGAGUGAACAGUAAAUGGUUAAUCUUACUGCGAUCUGGUUUCAUUGACUGUGGUUUAUCCGGACGUUGAAUUCGGCGUUAUUAGUACACCCGAAGGAGAACGUUACAACAACUAUACCAACUGGGUGUUCAACCAAUGUGUAACAAACUGGGCAAAUACAAAAAGAAAGAAAUAAUAAUAAAAAAUAAAUAAUCAAUACAUAUCGAGAACAGGAGAUGAAGAGUCCUU